AUGCGGUUUUUCCGCGGUUACCCGCGUCUCCCCGCCGUCGUCGCAGCUGCAGCGUGCGCGUUGUUGCGCGCAUGCCUGCUCCGCUCGCUCCUCUCGGCUCACGUUUCCCCGCUCCUCAUGGUUUCCGCCACGACCUGGGCUCCCUCCCAAUUGCCGACGCUGCAGGAGUGCCAGAAGGUGUGGAAGCAGAGUUUCACCGGCUGGGCUGCUGGCUCGGACUGCAACCACGCUUUGUACCUCACGUGCGACGACAACGGCAUGGUCACAUCCAUGAUAUUUCCGGAAGGAUACUUCCUUGGCGGCCCUCUGCCAGCGUCCAUUGGGAGACUCGUUCAGAUGAACGACCUCACUCUCACUGGUGCGAACCUCACAGGCAUCAUCCCCACCACCAUAGGCCUUCUUGUACAACUGAACUCCCUCCAGCUGAACGACAACAACUUCACAGGGUCCAUACCACCCACCAUAACCCGCCUCACUGGCUUAAUGUACCUAGACCUAUCCAAGAACCAUUUAACAGGAGGCGUCCCCCGGCAGAUAGGCCAGCUAUCGGGUCUCAUUUCUCUAAAUCUUGGGACGAAUAAUCUAACGGGAGGUAUUCCCACCUCCACUGUCAGCCUUGAGAGCUUAGAAGAGCUUGAUCUGGGAGGCAACCAGCUAAGGGGUGCCAUUCCAUGGACUAUCGGGAACCUCCACUCCCUCUCUCUACUGAACCUUGCGAAGAACAAACUGACGGGCAGUAUUCCUCUAAGUGUGUCCAGCCUCGAGAACCUCCAGAUCCUAUGGCUGCAGAGCAACCAGCUGUUAGGCCCUAUCCCUGCGGGCAUUGGCCAGCUGCAACGUCUCCAGCGCCUGAACGUGUCGAUGAACAGGCUCACAGGCGGGUUGCCUCCCACCCUUAGCCUGCUCACGGAGCUCACAGGACUCUAUCUAUUCAGCAACAGCAUUGGGGGUGGUAUCCCUCCUGCGUUGGGGUACCUCUCCUCUCUCAUUACUCUGGAUGCACACAGCAACCAUCUCACAGGGCCAAUCCCUGCCAGCCUGGGGGACAUUGGAGCCCUCGUCACUCUAGAUCUUCACGGCAACAGUCUCACAGGAGGCAUUCCGGCAAGCAUCACGAAGCUCAGAUUCUUGAAAUCCCUGGACCUGAGCUUCAACAAGCUGGUCGGCCCCAUUCCGAAUAACAUCAGCGACUCUCUCACUAGUCUAGUGGUGGCGGAAAACAAGCUCUCAAGCAGCGUUCCGGACUCCCUUAGCCAGCUCAACAGUCUCAACACCAUAGACAUCUCAAGCAACAGCAUCACGGGAAUUCUCCCCCCCGGCCUGGGCGCUCUCACCGCCCUCAGCAACCUGUGCGUGCCGCCUUCGCCCUUCCCUCACCCUCCCUGCACCAUCCUUUACGUCCCGCCGUUGCUUUGCUGCGGCACUGUGCUACUAACCAACCGGCACGCAGUGUUCAUGCUGGAGGGCGGGCAGCAGGUGAACAUCAAGGAGUGGACGGCCAAGAAGCUAGCGAGCAGCCGCAUCGCAGACAUCUGCGAUCCGCGCAUCCAGGCCCCCACCGCCCUUGUGCGGCGCCUCGCAGAGCUCGCCAUCUCCUGCACCACCAUGCCCACCGCCUCCCGCCCCACCAUGGGCAAGGUCGCGAGCGAGCUGGAGGCUCUUAAGGACGAGUUUGUCGGGCACGAGGUGAACCGCGCGGCGCGGAAUAUCGACGAGCAGAUUCACUCGGCGUCGAAGCUGCACCGGCCGUUGGAUGAGGAGCUGGAUAGGAUCUCGAACAUGACACCGAGUAGCGGGCCGGGGAGCACGAUGCGGGAAGGGAGUGGGAUUGUGCCGGUUAGUGGCAGCACACAUGAUGAGGAGCCGCUGACGGCGAAUGUCUCGCAUGCUGCUGGGUGA